UUCUUUUAACACUUUCUCCAUCUUUAUAUGUGGCUGUCUUAACUCUGUCCUAAUCCGCGAUCAGUCAGCAUUUCUACAACUGCAAUGGCGAAAUUUGAUAUUCCAGAGAUGAGAGAAUACAAAAGAGAGUAUCCACCAGAGCACUUCAUCGUGGAAAUAAAGCCAUACUCCUUGCUAUCAAACACCAAAGCAGAAAAGUACGAGUCUGGUGUCUUUGAUGCUGGUGGUUACAGAUGGAGGCUAUCAUUUUACCCAAAGUAUGAAACAACAAGUAAGAAGGGUUACAUCUCCCUCUUCUUGGUAUUAAUAGGGAGUGUGUCCGGGAAGCAGUCGCCGGCCGAAGUUUAUGCCACUUUUAGAUUUGGUGCUUAUUCUAGUUCUGUUUAUAGAGUUGGAGAUUCUGACGGGUGGACUUGA